UUCUUUUCUCCUUUGAUCGAGGGGUCCUCUGUCAGUCUCUUCCGCUUCUCCCCUGUUUCUCUCUUGCUUCAGCUCGAUUUUCUCUUCGAUUCCAGGCCCCUUACGUUGCUAAAGGUUAUCCGGUUUCAGACAUGUCUUAUGUUCCUCCACAUAAGCGUCGUUCGAAAGAGCCGGUCAGACCCUGUCCAGUUCCGGAAUCUGUUUCAAGGAAGUUUACUAGAAAUCUCAACUUGGAUGGUCGCCAGAACACCAGUGGCCAAGGCAGAAAAGUAAUAUAUGCAAAAGAUUGCAUCUUGAAGUGGUUUUUAGUUGGUUCAGAUGGAAUUGAAGAUGAGAUUUCUCCGUCUGUUAAACUUGUGCCUGUUUCUUCAGAUUAUUCUGAAUGGAAUUGGAGAGAUGGAAGGAAGCCUUGGGUGCUGGUGAACAACGAUGCGGGAGAAAAGGAUGCAGAGAUUGGAGAAACCGUGGUCCGUACUCCCUGGUUGUCAGUUGCAGAAAAGGUGGAGGAUGACAUUUUCAUGGCAUUUGGACAGGUGAAGAAUGGUAUGGAUCAUCCUGCAUUGGAGGAAGUAACACCCAGAUUGGUUGCUCGGUUUGGAAAGAUUCUUCUCAAUGGGCAUCCAUCAUUUAGUUCGGAAAGUUUGAAAGGCGGGCUAGUGGCUGAAAGCACAUCGAGGGAAUCAAAGAAGUCAUUUUGUACAAAUGUCCCAACAUCUUAUAUGGAAAGCAUCAAGGAUGCAGCUGUGCUGAAGUUAGGAUGUUGUAUGGAAAAGAAGGAUAUAUACUGUGUGAUAUUAUCCGAUAAAACCCAUCCUGAUUCAACCAUCUCUUGCAAAUGCACUGUGAAGGAAGAUAAAAGGCUCGUUAUGCACAGGGUCGAGCUUAACGCUUUGAGGCAUUGUGUUGCUGAUGUCUCCUGCCUGAAUCAGAAUAUAGACAUGAGACUCAUGGUCUACUCCAAAAGAAUACUGACUGCUCUCACCGAAAAUGAGAUUUGUAAUAUUAGAAAACUGGUUGAUUCAGCGGUUGUAGAUCCAAAUGUGAAAGGUGGGUUGAGGUGGCCGCUUGGGGAGGCUGUAUCAGGGGACCGGUACAGCGUCUGUGGCGUUUGGCACGUCAUAAAUACUGUAUACCGCAGUUCAACUUUCAGGCUCAAGGUUAGAGAGGUAGACCGGUUUGAUUUUAGGGCUGGAACUGGUGGGGCUGCAAGAGAGGUGAUUCUGGUACUUAAAGGAAUCAGCCAAAAGCUAGAGGAAGGUGGUGAGGUUGAGAGGAGCUCUGUUUCAGACAUGCUGAAAGAUGCUCUCAAGAUGAUAUGGGAUCACUUCUUGUCUGCUGAUCCAUAUUUUAUGUAAACUGUACAGAAGUUAGUCGGGUCUGACCUUUUGUUGCUUUCUUUGGACAUUAACUUUCAAGAUCUCCGGGAUGUGAGUAGUUGAACCUGUGGUUUCUGUUUUCCAUGUUACGUUCUUUGUGGUGU